AUGUCUGUCAUACUUUGUACAGCUGGUUAUGAUCACACGAUCAGGUUCUGGGAGGCGCUUUCGGGCAUCUGUUCACGCACAGUGCAGCACUCCGACUCUCAGGUCAACCGUCUCUGUAUCUCUCCCGACAAACGCUUCAUCGCUGCUGCGGGUCACCACUCCGUCAAACUCUUCGAUAUAAAGUCUACGAAUCCGAAUCCAGUAUUGAGCUUCGAGGGCCACACGGGGAACAUCACCGGCGUCGCCUUCCACUGCGAAGGAAAAUGGAUGGUUACUAGCUCUGAAGAUGGGACCGUCAAGGUCUGGGAGACGCGUAAUGCAACUAUACAAAGAAGCUACAAUCAUGGCUCCGCUGCCAACGACGUCGUCAUUCACCCUAACCAAGGCGAGAUCAUCAGCUGUGAUCGUGGCGGCAGCGUGCGCGUCUGGGAUUUGGCCGAGAAUAAUUGCUCACAUCAACUAAUUCCCGAAGAAGAUGUGGCGGUCUCGAGCGUAACCGUCGCCAGCGAUGGCUCUCUCCUCUGCGCCGCAAACAAUGCGGGCAACGUCUUCGUUUGGUCACUGCUUCAAAGUUACGAUCAUACACAACUUGUUCCCUUGACCCAAUUUUCGGCGCACAAGGACUACAUCACCCGAAUUCUCCUAUCCCCAGAUGUCAAGAAGCUCGCAACUUGUUCUGCAGACCACACCGCCAAAAUCUGUGAAACAGAAACACAUUCAAUGCCUAAUGGAGAUGGUGAACCAAAGCCCUUUCCUCUCGAGGCCACAUUAACAGGCCACCAGCGCUGGGUUUGGGACUGCGCCUUCAGCGCCGACUCGGCGUACCUGGUGACGGCGUGUAGCGACCAUUACGCACGACUAUGGGAACUAGGCAGCCAGACCGUCAUACGCCAAUAUAACGGCCACCAUCGAGGCGCUGUCUGCGUCGCACUGAACGACUACUCGGAGGCUAGAUAG